CAAAACGGAUUACAUUUAGUAGGAUGCUGUGUCACAUCACCAGGUCAAACAAGAGGAUUACUUUAAAUAUUUUAAACACUACAUCAGCACAGAAGCGAGUGCGUUGCUGAGGUGAUCUAAAAGUGACGCGACGCGACGCUGAAACUAAAGGGCAGUGGAAUUAGGUUUGUUUUCGCAGAUUUGGAAACUUCACGUUAUUGAUACCUGUUCUUCUCAGACUUUCUGUCCGGUAGGGAAUAUUAACUAUCCUUUUCCCAAAUGAGAUGUAAAUUCGCGCCGUCGGAGUUGAUGGGGAGAACGAGACAGCCAUCAAACCUCACAGAGAAACUUACGGAGAAAAACAUGCCGUCUUUUCAUCUAUGGAGACAUGGCAUAUAGGUUCCUGUCCAGCCGAAUCGUGCCAUCCUCAAACAGAUUAAGCAGAAGAUUUAUUUUUAUAUUCACUAUCUCUUUGUCUUUCAUGUAUCUAUGCUACAGCAUCCUCUUCUGCUCCGGUACAAUCAUGCCUAACCAGAGAUUGGAGGAGCACCGCUGCGUCCGUCUGAAGAACAUGGGGAGUAAAAAACUUUUACAGAAGUCACAUUAUUGCACUAUAUCAGCAAAAGCGAGAGUCAUCUCAGACGAGACGAGGGCUGUGGGUCUCUUAAACCUUACUGGCAACCAAAGUAAACAUUCAGCCUUUCAGAAAACACAAGAUGUGCUAGAUCACAAGCAGAGUAAUAAUAGUAAUUCGCCAAAAUAUGGGAAUAAGAAGUUGCCCAAUGCACUUAUAGUUGGUGUUAAGAAAGGAGGCACCAGGGCGGUGUUGGAGUUCAUCCGGAUUCAUCCAGAUGUUCGAGCUCUUGGGACUGAACCACAUUUCUUUGAUAGAAACUAUGACAAAGGACUGGACUGGUACAGGGGCCUCAUGCCGCGGACUCUAGACAGUCAGAUCACAAUGGAGAAAACACCAAGUUACUUUGUGACCAGGGAGGCGCCGCGGCGCAUCUCAAACAUGUCUCGCGAAACAAAGCUGAUUGUAGUAGUGCGGAACCCAGUCACGAGGGCGAUAUCCGACUACACACAGACCCUGUCGAAGAAGCCCGACAUCCCUUCUUUUGAGGAACUAGCUUUCAAGAACAGGAGUCAAGGCAUCGUGGACACCUCCUGGAAUGCCAUCCGCAUAGGCAUGUACAUCCUCCACCUGGAGAACUGGCUGCAGUACUUCCGUCUAUCGCAGAUCCAUUUUGUCAGCGGGGAGCGGCUCAUCACGGAUCCGGCCGGAGAGCUGGGCCGCGUGCAGGACUUCCUGGGGCUCAAACGCAUCAUCACGGACAAGCACUUUUACUUCAACCGAACAAAAGGCUUCCCGUGCCUGAAGAAGCCAGAAAGCAGCAGCCAGCCCCGCUGCCUGGGCAAGUCCAAGGGCAGAACUCAUGUUCAGAUUGACCAGGAAGUCAUUGAGCAGCUUAGAGAAUUUUAUAGGCCAUUCAAUGUGAAAUUUUAUGAAAUGGUGGGUCAUGACUUCAGAUGGGACUGAGGAGGAGGACCUUGAUGAAACCAGCCUUGCUUUUCUGAUGAUGAACACAUCUUCAUGGGAUAGUUCACCCGAAAAUGUAAAUUCUAUCAUCAUUUACUCACCUUGAAAUUGUUGCAAGCCUGUAUGCCCAUUAUUCUUCUGUGGAACAUAAAAGAUGAUAUUUACAAGAACUUGCAAUUUGCUCAUUUUCCAGUAAAUCAUAUGGACUACUAUUAUAAUACUUUUAUGGAGUUGUUGCAGCCUUCAGUCUAUUAUAUAUACACUAUCCUCCAACAGUUUGGGGUCAGUAAUUAAUACUGGAUAUUAAUAUAAUAUAAUAAAUAUAUAUCAUAGUUUCCACAAAAAUAUUAAUCCGCACUACUGUUUUCAAGAUUGAUAAUAUGAAAUGUUUCUUGAGGAGCAAAUCAUCAUAUGUGACCCUGGACCACAAAAGGUAUAUGUGUAGCAACAGCCAAAAAUACAUUGUAUGGGUCAAAAUUAACAAUUUUUCUUUUAUGCCAAAAAUCAUUAGGAUAUUAAGUUAAGAUCAUGUUCCAUGAACAUAUUUUGUAAAUUUCCUACCGUAAAUAUAUAAAAACUUCAUUUUUGAUUAGUAAUAUGCAUUGCUAAGAACUUCAUUUGGACAACUUUAAAGGCGAUUUUCUCAAUAUUUCGAUUUUUUUUGCACCCACAGAUUCCAGAUUUUCAUAUUCCUAACAAACCAUACAUCAAUGGAAAGCUUAUUUAUUCAGCUUUCAGAUUAUGUACAAAUCUGGUUUUGUGGUCCAGAGUCACACAUUAGAAUGAUUUCUGAAGGAUCAUGUGACACUGAAGACUGGAGUAAUGAUGCUAAAAAUUCAGCUUUGCCAUCACAGGAAUAAACUACAUUACAUUACAUUACAUUCACAUAUAUUUAAAUAAAAAAACAGCUAUUCUGAAUUGUAAUAAUGGUUAAUGCUUUACUGUAUUUUUUGAUUAAACACAAGCAGCUUUGGUUAGUAUAAGAGACUUCCAUCAUUAAAAUCUUACCAACCCCAAACUUUUGAACAGUAGUGUAGUUUAUACAGGUUUCGAGGGUGAGUAAAUGAUGACAUAAAUAAUUUUCAUUUUUUGGCAUCCCUUUGAAGUAGUUUGCAGGACAAAAGGAAACAGAACACCUCAAACUAAUUAAGACCCAGUGCUCUUAAUAUAUUUAAAAAAAAGAUAAAAUAUGGGCAAAAUACAAAGUUGUAUGUACUGUACUGUACUAUAGCUCAAGAGACUUUGCCUUUGACAUGAAAUGCUUUAAUACAUUUAGAACCCAUGCAAGGUCAUUAAACAGAAGAAGUGAGAAGCUCUUGUUCAGUGUCAGAGCGUUUGGUAUGCACAGCAUUUGUUUCGUUCAUUGCCCUCCUGUUACUGUUUUCGUCUUGAUAUGAAAUAGAAACCCGUAAAGCAUACAGUGAGUACUGAGGUGUGUCAUAACGUUUAUCUCACAAAAUGU